AUGGAGGACUUAUACGGAGACUUGGACACGUCUACGAGUGCGUUAGAAAAGAGGGAAGCACUGGAGCUCAAGACGCAAGUUGAGAAGGAAAACGCACGACUGCAACACGAAUUGGCGCAGUUGCAGGAGCAGAAUCGUCGAUUGGGCGCUGCUUAUAAACAGCUGGAGACCAACAUCUCCACGCUCUUCGUCACGGCGCAAUUGGAGCUCGGGCGCAAGGACAAAGAGAUCCAGCGGCUGCGAAGUCGAUUGGAAGAAUGA